UCCAACACCCACCCACACCAUGCAUACCCUCCUCGUCGCAGCCGUGCUUGCAGCCACGGCAGUGACCUUGGCCAACGGAUACUCGCUCUCUGGAACCAUCAUCAACUACACGGCGUACCCCAUGACGCUCAACCACCUCAACGUGACCGCCGGCAAGUGGGUCCUCCAGCCGGCCAAGACCAUCGCCCCGGGCUACCAGUCGUCCUUUGCCACUGAUGGCGGCUUCCUCGCCGCCACAAGCGGCAACUUUGUCUACUCGGUCGCUACCGGUGGCCCGCAGAUCUACUUUAACUGGAACGUGCCCACCGUCGGCGCCUCAACGUUCACCCCCGUCGCCAUCCCGCCCAACGUCGUCCACUUUACCCCCGGCCACGACUCGAGCGGUACCACCGUCACUGUCAGUGUCUACCAGGGCGCGACCGUCGAGGUCGAGGUCGACAGCGAUGAGGCCAAGCCCCAGCUCAAGUGAUCGAGCUCGCCCCUCUGCCGAUGCGCGUGCACAUGCCACGCACACACACACCUACACACACACACACACACACACACACUCACGCACGCACACACGUAUUGAACACAUCGGCACA